AUGCAUUUUCGCCCUCUACCUUCAUUUUUGACACUGCUUCUGGCAAGCUUGUGUAGGGGUCGAGCAUUGGCAAGUCACGCAAAACAAUGCGUCCCUAAGUCAGAUGCUUUAAUCAUCCUCGGCUCCGACGAGACAAUCACGCUGAAUGGUAGUUCCACGUCACCGGCCGUCAAAGUCCUCGACUACGGCUUCGAUGUAGAGGGCUUUCCUACCUUCGAGGUCGUAUCGACUUCAGGGGAUACCUCGCGUUUGGAGAUUACAUACAGCGAGACCAAAGUGAAUUUGAAUUCUUUUAUGGGCGAUGGCCCCCUACCACUUGCUGCGGCCAUGGACACGUACCGAGUUAACCAAUACAACAUAACCAAUGCUUCAACCAUUACGAAUCGUCUCAUUAUGGGAGGUUUUCGCUAUCAAAAACUGAAUCUAUCCACAGAUGGCGAGCUUGUUCUCACCAAAGUCGGGGUGAAGCCAACAACAUCCACAACCGCUCUUGUCAACCUCCCUGGCUCGUUUGAGUGCUCUGACGAGGACCUUACUCGCAUCUGGAGAACUGGGGCGCGAACGGUUCAGCUGUCCGAGAUCCCUGCUAAUUCGAUUCCCGAAUUCUGGAAAAUCACCCCUGAAGGCUCCUUCGUUGAGAGUCAAGCCCCGCAAGUGCUCUCCGGCGCCGCGGCAGCAGGAUUGAUGCAAUACAAGGUCGACUUCGACGUCAAUCCGAUAUCUAAAGGAUUUGGCUUUUCUGUAUUGGCGGACACUCUAAACUCCGGUAUUUAUAUUUUCUGCAACCUGGCCAAUGGAUCCAUUUCAGCGCAUAUUGGCUCCAGCGAACUCGACUCGGCACCACUUGCCUCGGCCUCUUUGCCUGGCAACAUACCAUUGGGAGAAUGGCACCACGUCUCGACUAGCGUUGAUGUGACUGAAAUUGCGAUAAGUAUCAAUAAAGUGCCCGUGUUGAGUUUCUCGCAAACGUCGUCUUUCUUCGGAUCCUUUGGGUUGGGCGCUUCGUUAGGACAUUCAGCAGUGUUCAGGGAUCUUUCAGCUACGACCUCAGCCGGUGCUACGAUUUACUCCUCCUCUUUGACGGAUGGCAGCCAUCUCAAGGACUUCCUGAUGGGCACGAAUCCCUUCGACGCGGUCGUAGAUGGCUCCAAACGUGACCGCAUCGCCUACACGGGUGACCUUGACAUCUCCGCCAGUUCAGCAUUUGCUAGCACUGGAGGAGUAAGUUUUGUCAAGGGUACUCUGGAUCUUGCAGGCUCAUACCAACUCACGCCAGGCUUCUUUGUGCCGACAGUGAAAAUUCAGCAGGCGCCGCUGCAGAGCCCAAUUGAUGCCAACAUCACCGGUUUAAUAGGGUACUCCUUUAGCUUGUUGACAGCAGCUGCCCAAUACUAUCAAGCCACCGGGGAUGUUUCUUUUGCCCAAGAGUGGGCGCCAAAGGUGGUGAGGAUGUUGGAUUGGGCAAACUUCCAGGUCCUGCCCAAUGGUCUCCUCAAUAUCUCGACCGCUUCGUUUGGCGGCGACUGGAACUUCUACGAUCCGCCACAGUCUGGAGUGGUGACCAAGUUUAAUGUCGUAUAUGCCUACUCCCUGCAAGAAACUAUGGCCUUGCUCAAGGACGGCGGCGUUGACACCACUGCCUACCAGUCUCGUCUCGUCGCUCUUCGCGCCGCAAUUGAUACGCAGCUCUGGAGCGAUUCUCUCAGCGCCUAUUUCUUGUCAGAGGACAGAAUUGAUGGCUUUGCCCAAGACGCGAACGCACUUGCUAUUCUCGCGGGGAUUCCAUUAGCGAACCAUAGCGCCUCAGCCAUCCUCUCAACCUUGUCGCAGCUAUCCACUCCGGCCGGCCCCCUCUCGUUCUCCAACUCAACGGAAUUUAAACAGAUCGUCAGCCCAUAUGCCUCAGCCUAUCACCUGCGGGCUGCCUUCCAAAUCAACGAUAGCGCGGUGGCCUUGGAACUUCUGAAAUCUCUCUGGGCGCCAAUGGCGGAUCCCCGCGGUGCGAACUAUACGAACUGUUUCUGGGAGGCCCUCGACGCCAAUGGUGCUCCAGGGCUGGGGAGGUUGACGUCUCUGUGUCACGGCUGGGCAUCAGGUCCGACAGCCGAACUGAGCAAGAAUGUGCUGGGUAUUCAAGCCGUCAAACCAGGAUUUAGUCAGUGGCUGGUUUCGCCGCAGACAUUGAAUCUCACCUGGGCCAAGGGAGCAAUGCCGAUACCGAAUGGAAGGAUUGCUGUAUCAUGGAAUUUCACAGACGGGCUGCUGGCAAUGUCUGUCGAGAGCCCUAUCGGGACAAAUGGGACCGUCUUUCUUCCGUCUCCAUUACCUACUCCUGCUAACCAGACGGUGCUGCGAAUUAAUGGGCAGAAAGUUACGGGAGAUAGAUUUACCGUUUAUGGAGGUGAGACAUUUGCUUUGAGACAAAUAAAGAUUUAA